AUGAAGCAACCUGUGCAAGAACCUGAAAGCGAAAGUACUAAGCAAACGAAUGUUGAUUCCUCAAAUAAUCUUUCUUCUCAGAAGGGUAUAAAGAAGAUUCGAAAGCCUCAAUUUAAUAGGAAAGGCCUAUUGUUUCAUGAAGUAUAUGUUCUUGUCUCACCCGCAUCGCAUAAACGUCAAGCACUUGAUAUGGCUCAGAAGUUACAAAAGAAGAAACGGAAGAGUGCGGUUCAAUUUGAAAUAUUUACGGUCGAAACUGAUCAUGACGGUGAUAGUGAAAGAUCAGACAUUCGCAUAGAAGAUUCUGUUAUUGGAUCACCUCAAAGGGAUUCUCCUCAAGUCGAAUUUCGAGCUUUACCACCAAUUUCAUCACCCAUUACAACUUCAGUUCCAGUUUCGACCAUCUCACCAACAUAUUCUACUAUCAUGCAUGAAGCAAUUAUCACUCUCUUUUCUUCUCAAUCAACUGAGGCUCAGAUAAUGAUUCAUGACAAAGAACCUAAUAACGAUGAAAUCAUGGUGUCCUUUGCUGAUCUUCAAGUUGAUCCUGGGGAGGAGAAUGUUCCUGAUAACUUAAUCAUGUCAGGUAACCAGCUCAAGAUUCUCAACUCGAAAAUCCAUUCUCUUCUUCAAAUACAAGCAGAUACAGGAGGAAGGAAAUUUUUGACUGGCAUAGAGAGGGAAUAUUUGUUAAAAGCUCAAGAAAUUCGCUUUCUAAGCUUGGUUGAGGGCAUUGAGCAGAAACAAGCAGAAAGGUUAGUAAUUCAUUCCAAGAGCUUUGACUAUGAGAUUCAGAAGCUUUGUGACGUUGCAAAGGAACGUCAUGAUCUCUUUGUUGAACAAGUUUCUAAAAUGAAGGAGUCUGUGGAUCUCAAAAUUGUUGAACUCAAAUUUGAGUUGUCGAAAGAAGUUCAGAAAAUGGAGAAAAACUACACUUUGUUGCAUGGUAAAGUCGAUGUCAAUGUGACUGUUGUCACCAAGUUGGUUGAGUUUAAUUCUGAGUAUAUGAAUAAGCUUGAAGUCAAGUCAGAAAAGGAUUCUCAGGUGUUCAAGAAGAUGGAAAAAAGUGUUAUCAAGAAUCAAGGAGUCUAUUUCCAAGGUUGA